ACCAUUAGCCUUCUCAUUAGCUCAUCAUAAACCAGUGGAGAAAUUUUCAAAGAUGAAGAGCAAAUUACACAAUUUGUUUAACAGAGCAAGGCCAUUCAUCGGUGUCAUAUUUUUACAGGUCGGGUUAGCCGGAAUGGACGUUCUAUCUAAGGCGGCGUUGAACCAAGGCAUGAGCAAUUAUGUGCUGGUUGUCUAUCGCCAUGCCGUUGCCACUCUUGUCAUGACUCCUUUUGCUGCCUUUCUGGACAAGAAGAUAAGGCCGAAGAUGACACUGCCGAUCUUUACUAAGUUACUGCUGCUGGGCUUAUUGGAGCCAAUUAUAGACCAAAACUUGUAUUACAUUGGAAUGAAGUAUACAACAGCAACAUUUGCAGCUGCUAUGUACAACAUUCUUCCUGCUGUUACCUUCCUAUUGGCUUGGGUUGUUAGGCUCGAGAGGGUAAAUAUUAAAAGUAUCCGCAGCCAAGCUAAGAUAGUCGGGACUGCAGCAACGGUUGGAGGAGCAAUGGUGAUGACCUUGUUGAAAGGUCCAAUUCUGGAUUUAUUCUGGACAAAAGCUGCCAAUCAGGAUAAAGGAAGCGGUGGGAUAGCCAUUCAUAAUUUAAUAAAAGGCGCCUUACUGAUAACAGUUGGGUGCUUCAGCUGGGCUUGUUUCAUGAUUCUUCAGGCCAUCACACUGAAAACAUACCCAGCUGAGCUUUCUCUCACAGCAUGGAUAUGCUUCUUGGGCACAGUUGAGGGCAGCAUAGUGGCACUAGUAAUGGAAAGGGGCAAAUCUAGCAUCUGGGCCAUACACUGGGACACUAAAUUAGUGGCAGUCCUCUACAGUGGAAUUGUCUGCUCAGGACUGGCUUACUACAUUCAAGGAAUAAUAAUGAAGGACAGAGGACCUGUUUUUGUGUCUGCUUUUAGUCCCCUAUGCAUGGUUAUUGUGGCAAUCGUGAGCUCCAUUGUUUUGGCAGAGCAAAUGUACCUAGGAAGGGUUAUUGGUGCCAUUAUCGUAGUUGCAGGUUUAUACCUUGUAGUCUGGGGAAAAAGCAAGGAUUACGCAUCCUCAUCAACAUCAAUUGAUGAGAAGAUACCAUCAGCUGCAGAGCAAGUAGCAGCAGAUAGUAACAUUGAGGAAAGUUCUGAUCAUGAGGCCAUCAUAAUUGACAUGUGUGAUCAAGAAAUUGUAACUAGGAAAUAACAACUACAUGGCAAAAGAUAUCCUACUACCAUCUAAAGUAUAACUUCCCUCAAUCAGAAGUUCAAGUUGCAGGCAGGUACAUCUAUAUUUCAGCAAUAUUGGUCAAUAUCCAGUUGCCAGAUCAUGCAUCGUGAACAAUCACGAUUUGUAGAAAUUCAUGCAAAAUUAAAUUUUGUUUGACUAUAAUGCAAGUGAAUUAAAUAUC